GCCCUCAGUCUCUCACAGCCAGCGAAUAGCUGCGCAUCGCUGCGAUCGAGCGCACAAAGAAAAAAGAGAAAGAGAAAAAGAAAGAACCGAGGAAAGCCGAGGAAAACGUAUUUCCCACUUGCCCUAACCAUUUUCCAGUUGCUGCUCGCACUCGCGACGGCCACAAAGUGCAGUAGUGAACGAAUAUCUCCACGAAUUGCGACAUUUUUUUUCCUGUUGUCCCCGGCCAAGUGCGAAACGAAAAGAGAAUAAAAGUGCUAAUUGUGCAAUUGAUUGACACAACGAUCGAUCUAAUUUAUCGGUGGCAGUGCGAGGAUCAUUAGAUCACUGGGAGUAGUGUUCGCGUUUCAAACAUGAAAACAUGAAGCCUGCCGCGAAUUGAAAGGCAUAUUAAAUAAGAGUCAACAGCAAAAAAAGGCAGAGCAGACGCAGAACGCGCAGAUCGCAAACAACAAACGAGUGAAGAAGCGAAAAAAUGAUGCCGCCAAGACUGCCAGGCCCUGGUGCCGGCGGCCAAGGAGCAGCAACGACGAAUCCGGCAGAGAGUGCGAGUACCAGUGGCCACCACUUAACGAGAAGGCCCGCGAACACAACGUUUCACAAGCGGCGACGAAGGCGACAGAUCGGUGGCAGCCACUUCAGCAUCGGCAUCAGCUUCAACUUCAGCUUCAGUCCCAGUGGCUACCUGGCCCUGCUCUUGCUCUCCGCCACUUGCUCCCUGGUGGCCACCACCUCCUCCUCCGCCUCCGCCUCCGCAGACACAGCCAUUGCGCCACCGGAUCCGAAUCCGAAUCCGCAUCCGCAUUCGGAUGCAACGGCUAGCCAGCAGCCCGUGGUGACCAGCAUCUCCUCCAGCUCGCCGUGUGCCCCGCAGCACUGGUGGGACUCGCAGCGGGAUCGCUGCACCCCGUGCACCCGCUGCCAGGGCGAGAUGAUACCGCUGCGGCCCUGCCAGCUGCACACGGACACCAUCUGCGGCUCCAUAUACGACCUGAAGAUCGACUGGGUCGUCCUGGCCAAGACCGAGCCUAAUUGGAAGGAGCGCCGAAAGUCCUCGGAGUACGAGCACUUCGAGCAGAAUGCCAAACUGCAGCACCUGACCCACGAGCAACUGCAGCAGCUGCACGAGGAAGCGGCCGCCGCCUGGGUCCUGGACUGGCAGACAGGAGUGCUCUACGUGGCCGUGCUCACCUGCCUGGUCUUCUUCUCGGUGGCCGCCUGCAUCCUCAUCCACCACAUGCGCCAAUGGCGCCGCAUGGAGCGUCGCCUGGAUCAGGAUGUGGAGGAGCUGUCGACCAAGCUGAUGGCCAAGCUGGCGGAGGUGCAGAGCCUGGACGGAGGCACCUUCUUCAUCGGCAACGCGGACGCCUUGCGAGGACUGCCCGCCUCCGGAGUGGCGACGCAUGCAGCUGCGGCGCAGUCGGGAAUCUUCCAGCCGCAACACGUGCUGCUGCCUGAGAAACGCGGCAAGCACCAGGAGCGAAGGAUCCUGAAGACCCUGCAGCCCGGCAAUGUCUACAUCGAGGAGAGCAAUGCGGGAUUGGGCGUGGGUCUGGGCAUGCGUCCCAAGGGCUAGGCAAAGGGGGCGACAGGGGGUUUGGG